AUGAGCUUUUACGGAUACGGAUCGCAACCUCCAUUCCACGGUGCAAGUACCUCCGAUGGUUUCUAUACUGAAAGGCACGUCCCAGGAGGUGGUAGAACUCACUAUACUCGUAGUUCCUCCGCUCCAGGAUACAUACCAAGAGGUGCGUCUCGUGCUCGUCCUCGUCCAGCAACGAGCAACUUGCGAUACAAUCGUCGAGGUCAGGUGGAUCCCAAUGGACAUACUAUAAAGGAAUGGCAGUCAAGAUUCGGAGAAUGGUUCGAUGAGAAUUACGAUGCUAGUGAUCGGCUGACGAGGGAUAGGAUAAAUAUGGAUUUCGUGGAUCAUAUCACCUCUGGAAGAGCUGCUGAAAUGAACGGAUAUGAUAAAGGUAAUAGGCGAUCGACUUGGUCAGACUCUUACCGCCGACCAUCCCACAGGUCUCUGAUCAGAUCACACAGAUCCCAUGGAUCUCGGUGGGGAUGUUUUAUUUCAUCUGUAUUCCAAGCUGUUGGGGACCUAUUUACAUCACCAUCUCAUGGUACAACUAGCUUAUUGGACAAGGGGCCUGGAAGCACUAGGGCUAUAUACAAGAAGAGGGGACGUUCGACUGGUCGAGGAGCAUUCAUCAGGAGCAGAAGAAGGUAA